UAAAAUCAUAUUCCAACCUUUUUCUAUGGACAAAUUUGACAUUUUCAGUCCAAAAAAAAUUUUAAAUAGGUCGAAAAAGAGGAAAUUAUUUUUAAAAAGAAAGAGAUGACGCAUGCUUUCCAAGCUUUAGCUUUGAAAAAUUAAAAUUUCAUUUUUCUUCACCGAGGAAGAAAGCUUCCGUGUUUCAUCAGAGGGCUUUUUGUAGGACGAAUUGGAGCCCAAGUGCCUGGUGAAACCUCUGUGGAGAAAGUUAGACAAGAAGGGAUUUUUGGAGGAAUAGGAAAGGAAAGGAAAGGGUUGUAGAGUUUAAGGGGAAUGGCGGGUUUGAAGAUGGAGGGGCCAUCGGCUCCGGCGUUGAGGAGAGACCCUUAUGAAGUUUUGUCUGUGUCAAAAGAUUCUUCUGAUCAGGAGAUUAAAACUGCUUAUAGGAAGCUUGCUCUCAAGUACCACCCUGAUAAAAAUGCUAGUAACCCUGAAGCAUCUGAGCUUUUCAAGGAGGUUGCAUAUUCAUAUAGCAUCUUAUCAGACCCUGAAAAAAGAAGACAAUAUGAUAAUUCAGGAUUUGAGGCACUUGAUGCUGAUGGAAUGGAUAUGGAAAUAGAUCUCUCCAACCUUGGAACUGUCAACACAAUGUUUGCUGCAUUAUUUAGCAAGUUGGGUGUUCCUAUCAAGACAACUAUUUCUGCUAAUGUUCUUGAAGAAGCUUUAAAUGGGACUGUCACAGUGAGGCCUCUUCCCCUUGGGACCUCAGUUAGUGGGAAGGUAGAAAAGCAAUGUGCUCACUUUUUUGGUGUAACUAUUAGUGAUGAACAAGCAGAGUCUGGAAUUGUAGUUAGAGUUACUUCAGCUGCUCAAAGCAAAUUUAAGUUAUUGUAUUUUGAACAAGAUGUGAAUGGUGGCUAUGGACUAGCCUUGCAGGAAGAUAGUGAGAAGACAGGCAAGGUGACAUCGGCGGGAAUGUAUUUUUUGCAUUUUCAAGUGUACAGGAUGGAUACAACUGUAAAUGCGUUGGCAAUGGCCAAAGAUCCUGAAGCUGCAUUUUUCAAAAGGCUGGAAGGCCUUCAACCUUGUGAGGUCUCAGAACUCAAAGCUGGCACUCACAUAUUCGCCGUUUAUGGAGAUAACUUUUUCAAACCUGCCACUUAUACAAUCGAGGCACUUUGUGCAAAGUCAUAUGAAGACACGACAUACAAGCUGAAGGAUAUUGAGGCCCUGAUUUUGAGAAAGAGAAAUGAGCUACGUCAAUUUGAGACAGAAUAUAGAAAGGCAUUGGCACGCUUCCAAGAGGUCACCAAUAGGUACAGUCAGGAGAAGCAAACAGUUGAUGAGCUGCUUAAACAGAGAGACACCAUCCAUUCCACUUUCACUGUUGCAAGAUCAGUCAUUACUGCUGGCGGUAGUGGUCAUUUUAGUAAUGGAAGUAGUAGUAAAUUUCCUUCAGAAGAUUUUAAGGCAGACAGCCCUGGAGAAGAUAGUAGCUCAGAUUCCAAGGAUAAAUCGGGAAAGAAGAAAUGGUUUAAUCUCAACCUUAAGGGGUCUGAUAAAAAGGUCUGAGAGGGACUUGAGGUAAAAUCUUCCUUUGCUUCUGAGGUUUGGAAUUCCUUCCUCGCAUGCAAGUGAAUUAGCUCCUCAGUCGCUGCCUGCGAAGUCACUUAGCUUGCUUGUUGGAUAUAUUUCAUUUGCUUGGGUCCUGCCAAGUUUUAUGGCAUGCGCUAAUCAAUUGCAUUGAGCUGUCAAAAGGUAUCAAGGUUUGUGUAUUGUAUCUUUAUUCUUGUAACAAACGGACUUGAAACAUUAGUCUCUUAAUUCAUAUAGCUUGUAGGAAAAGAAUUGUGAAGUUUGGGUCAAUAGUUGCUUGGGGUGGUUGUAACAGUUAUUUUUUACCACCAAGUGAAUAACUUUUGCAGUCUCGAGCAUUGUUUGUGCUGACAAGGUUGUGUUCCAUGGAAAUCGUGGUGAUGAGAAUCUGGGAUAGUUUCCUUUGCCGUCUUCGAGACGUUUUUAUUA